AUGGCUUCGAGCAGGGACAUAGUCCGGACGGAGACAAGUCGUCCGUCUUGGAGUGAAAAUACGCUUAGAACGGAUAAAACUCAAGUUAGUGUAAGUUGAAACCCAAACUUUCACAUUUUUUUAUAUUACACUUGACAUUGGAAUCAAUUUUUUUCAAUUUUCAGGAGCCUCUAGUAGGUGGGGAUGCGAGAUAUCUCUUCAAGUUGCAGGAUGACCCGGAAUUUCAAUGUUGCUGGCGUUUUAAUCUUCAUGUACGCGAUUUUUAUUUAUUUUUUUUUAUUUCGUAUUUUAUAUUUUUUCAUAUUUUUCUCCAUUUUUUGUAUUUCAGCGGGUGGUUAUGUUCAUGGCCGCUUUGUUUGCUAUAACGGCUGUUCUUUUAAUCUUCACCCAAGUCAUUUUUAUGAACGAUGAGGACAAUGGGAUCAUUACGAUUGUCCCGCCGUUGAUGCUGACUUUCCUUGCGAACAUAAUUUUGUACAUUGGGAAUCGGAUUCGAAAUCGAUGGUUGUACAUCACUUAUUUUUUGAUUAUGGUGAGAUUUUGAGUAUGCUUACAGUAACCCUUAUUCAUUUUUUGGCCAAAAUUUUGUUCAAAUCCCACAUUUUUGGCUGCACAGUGCAAAAGUUAUUUUUCGGAAAAUGCACAGUGCAACUUCAUUUCCCAAUUUCCCCCCGAGAAGAAUGCACUGUGCAAAACCGGCGAUAAAUUUGUCGCACCAAAUCAACAAACGUCAGAGAAAACUCUCCCAAAUUCCCGCAAUUUCUCUUCUCCUCUCCUUUCACUUUUGUCGCAAACCCCUUGAGAUGCCUUUGUCGCAGCGACAAACGUCAAAGUCAGCGACAAGAUGUGGCGAUUUUUUGCUUUGUCGCAGACAUCACUGGAAGUCUGCGAAAGUUUUUGCGACAACGAACGAGGAGACACGCUGAUCGAAGGAGAAUUUUUGCACAGUGCGAAAUUUUUUUAACGUCAGCGACAAGAUGUCGCGAUUUUUUUUGCUUUGUCGCAGACUUGCUGGAAUGUCGCGAAACAUUCCUGCAUUUUUGCGACAUUCAGCAAGUCUGCGACAAUUCUUGGGGCGGGUUGAGGAAAGUGCGAAAAAGAAGUUCGCAAUCUGAUCAAAGGGGAGGUUUGCACAGUUUUGAUGCGCACAGUGCAAAAAUUUGUUUGAUUUUUUUCGAAAGGGGGCGGGGCCAAAGAAAUUUUGAUGACUUUUCCGCACUGUGCAAAACGAGCGAUAAAUUUAUCGCAACAAAUCGAAAAACGUCAGAGAAAAGUCUCCCAAAUUCCCGUGAUCUCUCUUCUCUUCUCCUUUCUCGUUUGUCGCAAACUCCUUGCGACGUCUUUAUCGCAGCGACAAAUGCCAAAAUCAACGACAAGAUGUCGCGAUUUUUUUUUGCUUUCGAGUUUUGCACAGUGCAAAUUUUUGUUUGGGGGUUUUUUUUGAAAAGGGGCGGAGUCAAAGAAAUUUUGAUGACUUUUCCGCACUGUGUAAAAAAAUAAUUUUCUUGUUGAAUUUUUCCGCACUGUGCACAAUUUUUUAAAACUUUUUGUGCAAAAAUUUUUCUUUCAGAGUGCAAACCUCCUCAUGACGACAAUUCUGCUCUGCAUGUACACCGCCGACACAGCAAAGGCCAUGGUCACGGAUCUGGGAACACUCACACCCGAGGCCCACCUAUGGCGCCUUCAUCGAUGGGGCGUGAUCAGGUUAACGAAGAUUUUGCUCACAACUUUUCUGAUCUCCGUGAAUUUCCUCAUCUUCUUCGUGGUCUAUCGUGAUCUCAACUACGUUACGGAGUAUCCCCGGCUCCAAAAAACCGAAUGA